AUGCAGAGCCGUCCAGUUCAGUCUUCCGAACUCCAGUCCGGCUCAGUCCAGUCCAGUCCAUUCAGUGAAAUCUGCGCCCGUCCAGUCCAAUUCCAAUUCAUUCCCUUCCAGCUAAGUACUUUUCAAUCCAGCAUAGCCCAGGUCCAUAUAAGCCAACAGCAGUCGAGUCUAGUCUAGUCCAGUCAAGUACAGUGCAGAGCAGUGCAAUCCGUAGCAGCUCAGCCCAGUCUCGUUCAGUACAGAACAACUAACUGCCGUUGAGUCUAGCACAACGCAGUCCUACUCAGUCAAGUUAGGAACAACCAAGUGCAUUGCGGCCCGUCCAGUCAAGUCAAGUGCUAUUCGGAAAAUUCCACAUUGAAGCCCAAUCAGGUGUAUUUCAGUCCAGUCUUGCCUUCAGUUGUCACACCAACACAAUCAAAAGCGUCUACUUACGGCAUUGUCGUAGAAAGGUCUUUCUUUAUGAUACCUUAAUAAAAUUAUACUUAAUGACUGAAAAGUAAACAAGAAUAAUUGAUAAUCAAUCAAAGAUAAAAUAAAGAAAUAAAAUAUAUAUUUCAAUCACUGAAAACAUUGAUUAAUUCUUGAAGAACUAAAGAAAUGAUGAAUUGAUAAGGAGAUAAAUAAAUAUGCAAAUAAAUUGAUAUAUUAAUAAGUUCAGGAAUAGUUACGUUGUUAAAUAAAUACAAUUUUAUCGUAUAGUCUGCGUAUAAAAAAUAUUUUUGCAGAAUAUUAAAAUAUAGCACCACGUUGUCUUAAAAGUUUUCAAGUAUUUCUUCUCACAAGACUCAGUUUUCCCAAGACACCAGCUGACCUUUGAAAAGACCCAAGCAAUCACAGGGUCACUAGUGAUUCAUGGUUGAAUUUGAAACACUGGGAUAUCAGUAGAGCAGGACUGGAAUAGAUAAUCAUAACAACAAGCUAAGCAAUACCUGCGAGGAGAAUCUGAAGCUAAGACAUAACCACAGGUAAGUUAAAUGCUUGAGUAAUGGAUUAAAAGCUACUCGAAGCGGAUUGUCUUCCUCUUACAAAAAGUGCUACAUAGUAUAGUAUACUAUAGUAUUGAAGUUAAAGGACGGGUAUUAGUAGAGGAGGACUGGGGUGCUUCAUAAGAAGAUAGCCAUAACAGGAAGUUGUGCUACAACAAAGAGGAGAAACGAAACCUAGGACAUAACCACAGCAACGUUUAAUUUCUGAGUAAUGGAUUAAAGGCCAGUUGAAGCAGAUUGUCUUCCUCUUAGAAAAGUACAACAUAGUAUAGUAUGGUAAAGAAUUAAAUUUUUAAGCUGCGAUAUCAGUAAAACAGAACUGGAGUUCUUCAUGAAAAGAUAGCCAUAACAACAAGCUGAGCUACAAUACUGAGAAGAAUCCAAGGCCAGCACAUGAGUACAGGUAUGUUUAAUGUCUCAGGAAAGGAAGUUUAGAAUAGUCUAGUCUAGUAUAGUGUAAUCUAGGAGUUACAGUUGUCUCGAGUUUGCCAGAAUUAAUAAAAGAGAAGAGCGGGUUUUUUUUUUCGAUUUAAGAGCUUCAGACAUUUUAACUUUCUGCAGCUCAAGAUAAGCUCAUUUUACGCGGCUUUCCAUCGCUGAGAAGGUAAAUAAAGAAUUAUAAAAAUGUGAUACUAACCUGUGUAACAUGGGUUCGUUAACUGAUAGGAAAACCCAGAUGCGUUGCAUAAAGCAGUUGUACGAAAAAGUUAUGGUCGAUCUGCACUACAGGUCAUCUGAAAGAGGUAAGGCCGGCAGGUUUUGAUUGCAACAAGUUUUGUCAGAUUUUUUCUUUUAAGCAUCACCUCGUGACUCACUUUGGAUCGGAGCACGACUGGAGUGCUUCAUAAAAAGAUAGCGAGAACCACAAGCUAAGGUAAAACAGUGUGGAGAAUCCAAAGCUUGGACCUCAGGUACGUUGGAUUUCUGAGUAAUGGAUUACAGGCUAGUCGAAACAGAAAAAGUACUACCUAGUGUAAUAUGGUAACGAAUUGAAUUUAACUGGGAUAUCAGUAAAACAGGACUGGAGUGCUUCAGGAAAAGAUAACAUAACAACAAGCUGAGGUAUAACAGGGAGGAGAAUCCAAGGCCAAGACAUAAAUACAGGUAUGUUAAAUGUCUCAGGAAAGGUAGUACAGUCUAGUCUAGUCUAGUCAGGUGUAGGAGUUAAGGUUGUCUCGAGUUUGCCAGAAUUUGUAUAAAAGAAGAGCGGGCCUUUUUUUCGAUUUAAGAGCUUCUGACAUUUUAACUUUCUGCAGCUCAAGAUAAGCUCAUUUUUAGCGGCUUUCCAUCACUUAGAAGGUAGGUAAAGAAUUAUAAUACUGUGAUACUUAACUGUGUAACAUGGGCUCGUUGGCUAAUAGGAAAACCCUGAUGCGUUGCAUAGAGCAGUUGAACGAAAAAGUUAUGGUCGAUCAGCACUACAGGUCAUCUGAAAGAAGUAAGGCCGGCAUGUUUCCAUUGCAACAAGUUUUGUCAGAUUUUUUUUCUUUUCAGCAUGACCUCGUGGCUCAGUUCGGAUCAGAGCAGGACUCGAGUGCUUUAUAAAAAGAGAGCCAUAACAACAAGCUGAGCUACAACGGCGAGGAGAAUCUAAAGUUAGGAUAUAACCACAGGUACGUUAAAUUUCUAAGUAAUGGAUUAAAGGCUAGUCGAAGCGGAUUGUCUUCCUCUUAAAAAAGUGCUUCAUAGUACAGUAUAGUAUAGUAUUGAAUUUAAAACUAAUAUCGGUAGAGCAGGACUGGACUGCUUCACGAAAAAAUGGCCAAAACGACAAGCUGAGCUACAACAGCGUGGAGAAUCCAAAGCUAAGACAUAACUACACGUAUGUUAGAUGUUACUUUAGUCUAGUAGAGGAGGAACGUCGGUGGGUUCGUUGGCUUAUACGAAAACUCUGAUGCGUUGCAUAGAGGAGUUGGAGGAAAAAGUUAUGGUCGAUCAGCGCUACAGGUUAUCUAAGAGAGGUAAGGCCGGCAUGUUUUGAUUGCAACAAGUUGUUAGAUUUUUUACUUUUCAGCAUGACUUCGUGGCUCCCUUUGGAUCACAUCAUAAACAAGUAGCACAUCGAGCACUUCAUAAGUAAUAUGUAAUCAUUUGUAAGAAUUAUUCUUUUUUUAGACUAUCUGAAAUUUCUGUUUGCAGAACUUUUUAGGUUUCAGUUGUCACACCAACACAUUCAAGAGCGUCUACUUACGGCAUUGUCAUAAACAGGUCUUUUUUAAUGGUACCUUAAUAAAAGUAUACCCGAUAACUUAAAAAUAAACAAGAAUAACUGAUAAUCAAUAAAAGAUAAAAUAAAGAAAUAAAAUAUAUAUCUCAAUAACUCAUUACAUUGAUUAAUUCUUGAAGAACUAAAGAAAUGAUGAAUUAAUAGAGAGAUCAAUAAAUAUGUAAAUAAAUCGAUAUAUAAAUAAGUUAAGAAAUACUUGCGUUAAUAACUGAAUACAAUUUUAUCGUAUGGUCAAUGUAUUUAAAAUGUUUUUGCAUAUGACACCACGUUGUCUAAACGGUUUGCAAGUAUUUUUUCUCACAAGACUUAAUUUUAGCAAGACACCAGCUGACCUUUGGAAAGACACCAGACAUCACAAGGUCGCUAGUGAUUCAUGGCUGAAUUUGCAACACCGAAAUAUCAGUAGAGCGGGACUGGAAUGGAUAAUCAUAAGAAAAGGCUAAGCAAAAGCUGCAAGAAGAAUCCAAAGCUAGGACAUAAGCACAGGUACGUUACAUUUCUUAGUAAUGGAUUAGAGGCUAGUCAAAGCGGAUUGUCUUCUUCUUAGAAAAGUACUACAUAGCACACUAUAGUAAGGUAUUGAAUCUAAGGCUGGGAGAUUAGUAAAAGAGGACUGGAGUGCUUCGUGAAAAGAUAGCCAUAACAACAAGCUGAGAUACAACAGCGAGGAGCAUCAAAGACUAGGACAUAACCACAGGUAUGUUAGAUGUCUCAGUAAAGGAAGUAAAGUAUGGUCUACCGUAGGAGUUUGGGUUUUCUCGAGUUUGCCGGAAUUAAUAUAAAAGAAGAGCAGGCCUUUUUUUCGAUUUAAGAUCUUGAGACAUUCUAACUUUCUGCAGCUCAAGAAAAGCUUGUUUUCAGCGGCUUUCCAUCACUAAGAAUGUAAGUAAAGAAUUAAAACAAUGUGAUGCUAACUUGUGUAAGAUGGGUGCCGUUGGUUGAUAGGAAAACCUUGAGGCGUUGCAUAGAGCAGUUGGUAAAAAAAGUUAUGGUUGAUCAGCACUACAGGUCAUGUGAAAGAGGUACGGCCGGCAUGUUUUGAUUGCAACAAGUUUUGUGAGAUUUUCUUUUUAGUAGGACCUCGUGGCUCAGUUAGAAUAAGAGCAGGACUGGAGUCCUUCAUAAGAAAAUAGCCAUGACCACAAGCUGAGAGACAACAGCGAGGAGAAUCCAAAGCUAGGACAUAACCACAGGUACCUUAAAUUUCUCAGUAAUGGAUUGGUCGAAGCAGAUUGUCUUCCUCUCAGAAAAGUACUACAUAAUAUAGUAUAGUAAAGAAUUGAAUUUAAAGCUGGUAUAUCAGUAGAGCAGCACUGGAGUGUAUCAGGAAAAGAUUGCAAUAACAACAAGCUAAGCUAUAAAAGCAAGGACAAUUAAAGGCUAGGACAACCGCAGGCUCGUUAAAUUUCUCAGUAAUGGAUUAAAGGUUAGUCGAAGCAGGUUGUCUUCCUCUUACUAAAGUACUACAUAGUUUAAUAUAGUAUUGAAUUUGAAGCUGGGACAUCAGUAGAACAGGACUGGAGUGCUUCAUGAAAAGACAGCAAUAACAACAAGCUGAGUUACAACAGAGAGGAGAAUCCAAAGCUAGGACAUAACCACAGGUAUGUUAAAUGUCCUGUGAUUCAUAACUGAAGUAUAGUAUACUUAAGUCUGAUGUAGGAGUUAAGGUUGUCUCAAGUUUGUGAGAACUAAAUUAAGAGAACAGCGCGCCUUUUUUUCGAUUUAAGAGCUUCAGACAUUUAAACGUUCUGCAGCUCAAGAUAGGCUCAUUCAACGGCUUAUCAUUACUGAGAAGGUAAGUGAAGAAUUACAACAAUGUGAUACUAACCUGUGUAACAUGGGUUCGUUGGCUGAUAGGAAAACCCUGAUGCGUUGCAUAGAGCAAUUGGAGGAAAAAGUAAUCGUUGAUCAGCACUACAGGUCAUGUAGUGCUGAUCGACGAUUAUUAAACAUGCUGAUUUUGAUUGGAACAAGUUUUGUUAGAUUUUUUCUUUUCAGCAUGACCUCGUAGCUCAGUUCGGAUCAGAGCAGGACUGGAGUGCUUCAUAAAAAGAUAGCCACAACUACAAGCUAAGCUACAACAGCGAGAAGAAUCCAAAGCUCGGACAUAGUCACAGGUACAUUUAAUUUCUGAGUGAUGGAUUAAAGGCCAGUCGAAGCAUAAAAGUACUACAUAGUAUAGUAUAGUAAACAAUUGAAUGUAAAGCUAGGAUAUCAGUAAAAUAGGACUGGAGUGCUUCAUGAAAAGAUAGCCAUAACAACAAACUGAGCUGAUUACAUCAAAUUAAUUUGUUGUAGUCGUGUUGAUUACAACAAAUUUUUUUAAUCUUUUCUUUUCUUCAUUACCUCGUGGCUCAGUUCGGAUCGGAGAAGGACUGCAUUGCUUCAUAAAAUGAUAGCCAUUACAACAUGAUGAGUUACAACAGCGAAAAGAAACUAAAAGCUUGUACUUAAUAACAGGUACAUUUAAUAUCUGAGUAAUGGAUUAAAGGCUACUCGAAGCGGAUUUUCUUUCGGUUAGAAAAGCACUACAUAGUACAGAAUAGAAUAGUAUUGAAUUUAAAGUUGAAUUAUCGAUAGAACAGGACUGGAGUGCUUCACGAAAAGAUGGCCAUAACAACAAGUUGAGCUACAAAAACGAGGAGAAUCCAAAGCUAGAACAUAACUACAGGUAUGUUAGAUUUCUGAGUAAUAGAAGUAUAGUAUACUUUAGUCCAGUCUGGUGGCGGAGCUAACGUCGUCUCGAGUUUGUCAGAAUUAAUACAAAAGAAGAGCGGGCUUUUUUUUCGAUUUAAGAGUUUGAGACAUUUUAACUUUUUCUAUCAAGAUAAGCCCAUCUUUGGCGGCUUUGCAUCACUAAGAAGGUAGGUAAAGAAUUCUAACAAUGUGAUACUAACCUUUCUAAGAUGGGUUCGUUGGCUGAUAGGAAAACCCUGAUGCGUUGCAUAGAGCAGUUAGAGCAAAAAGUUAUGGUCGAACCGCACUGCAGGUCAUCGGAAAGAGGUAAGGCCGGCAUGUUUUGAUUGCAACAAGUUAUUAGAGUUUUCUUUUCAGCAUAACCUCGUGGCUCACUUUGGAUCACGUCAUAAACAAAUAGCACAUCGAACGCCUCAUAGGUAAUAUUUAAUCACUUGAAAGAAUUAUUCUUUCUUCUGAAAUUUUCUGUUUGCAGAACUUUCUAGGUGGCUUCCUGAUUAAUCGGUUUAAUGACAACGUUUCACUACUCACUAUGUGACGGGUUUAAUAUUUCAACACCUUUUAUUCUCUUAAAAGUUUUCUGUUUUCAGUGGAUAAAAACUAGUGUUUUCAAACAAGGCCUAUCAGCAGCUCAUCAGAAAGGUCACAGAUGACGAUUAAGUGUCAAUAUUCAGUUUGGGAUAAUUCAAGGACAACUAACACGAUGUCCACUGUUACAUAUUUCGUAUGCUCAAAACAUGAAUUGUCCUGAAUAAUUGAAACUGAAAGUAGCUUAAUAUAUUUUUUAUUUAGUUGAUCUUUCCUCAAGACAUCAGUAUAUCAUCCGUCUUUACUAGAAGUCUUUUGCAUAUAAGUCGAGUGUAGAUUAAUGUAUUGCCAUCAACUCCAUUGCAGCACAAUCCUUUGAACUUACUUCCAGCGCUGUGCAAAGAUUUCAUAUGUGGUUUUGUCCAAUGAAGUACAUUCACGUGCAGCGCAGUACAGUCUUUUUCAGUUUCAUUUGGAAACGUGCGAUGCACUUCGGUGUAGAUCACUCUAGCGAGAUGCAGUGAACUGAUUGUCCUGUAUGGUACUUUCAAGUUCAACUGAGGGUAGUGCAGUGUAGUGCAGUCUGGCUAAGUCAAGCUCAAGCUAAGACCUUCCAGUCCAAUUAGGUACAGUGCCGUCCACUUCAGUCUUCUGAAGUGCUUCGGCUCAGUCCACUUCAGUCCAGUCCACUCCGCUGACGUGUAUUCCAUUCGAGUUUGAUCUGGUCCAGUCCAUUGAGUGGAGUCUGUGCUCGUCCAGUCUAGUCCCGUCCUGUCCAAUUCUGUCUGUUCCAGCAUAGCCCAGGUCCAUAUAAGUCAACAGCAGUCUAGUCCAGUCAAAAGCAGUGCAGAACAGUGCAAUCUAUAACAGCUCAGCUCAGUCCCGUUUCGUCCACUCUAGGACAACUAACUGCCGUUGAGUCUAGCACAACGCAGUCCUGCUCAGUCAAGUUAGGAACAACCAAGUGCAUUGCGGCCCGUCCAGUCAAGUGAAGUGCUAUUAGAAAAAGCCCACUGGAGUUGAUAAAAGUAUACCUGAUAACUUAAAAAUAAACAAGAAUAAUUGAUAAUCAACAAACGAUAAAAUAAAGAAAUGAGAUAUAUAUCUCAAUAACUGAUAACAUUAAUUAAUUCUUGAAGAACUAAAGAAAUGAUGAAUUAAUAAGGAGAUGAAUAUAUAUGUAAAUAAAAAUGAUAUAUAAAUAAGUUGAGAAAAAGUUACGUUAUUAAAUAAAUACAAUUUCAUCGUACGAUCAAUGUAAUAACAAUCAUUUUGCGGAAUAUUAAAAUAUAGCACCACGUUGUCUUAAAGGCUUGCAAGUAUUUUUUCUCACUUGAGUCAGCUUUACCAAGACACCAGGUGACCUAUGGACCAGGGUCGCUAGUGAUUCAUGGCUGAAUUUGCAACACUGAGAUAUCAGUAGAGUAGGACUGGAAUGGAUAAUCAUAACACCAAGCUAAACAACAGCUGCGAGAAGAAUUUAAAGCUAAGACAUAACCACAGGUACGUUAAAUUUCUGAGUAAUGGAUAAAAGGCUAGUGGAAGCAGAUUGUCUUCCUCUUACAAAAGUACUACAUAGUAUAGUAAGGAAUUAAAUUUGAAGCUGGGACUGAAGUGCUUCAUGAAAAGAUAGCCAAAACAACAAGCUGAGCUACAACCCCAAGUAGAAUCCAAAGCUAGGACAUAACCACAGGUAUGUUAAAUGUCUUGGUAAAGAAAAUAUAGUAUAGUUUAGUCUAGUCUAGUGCAGAAGUUAAGAUCGUCUCGAGUUUGCCUGAAUUAAUAUAAAAGAAGAGCGGGCCUUUUUUCAGAUCAAAGAGCUUGAGACAUUUUAACUUUCUGCAGCUCAAGACAAGCUCAUUUUCAACGGCUUUCCAUCACUGAGAGGGUAAAUAAAGAAUAAAAACAAUAUGAUCAGUUGCAGAAUAUUAAAAUACAGUACCACGUUAUCUUAAGGGUUUGCAAGUAUUUUUUUCACAAGACUAAGUUUUACCAAAACAUCAGCUGACCUUUAGAGAGACACAGGCAAUCACAGGGUCGCUAGUGAUUCAUGGCUCAAUUUGCAACACUGGGAUAUCAGUAGAACACGACUGGAAUGGAUAAUCACAACAACACGCUGAGAACCAGCUGCAAGGAGAAUCCAAGGCUAGGACAUAACCACAGGUGCCUUAAAUUUCUGAGUAAUGGAUUAAAAGCUACUCGGAGCGAAUUGUCUACCUCUUACAAAAAGUACUACAUAUUGUAGUAUAGUAUUGAAGUUAACGCACGGAUAUCAGAAGAGGCCGCUGAGCUAAACAGCGAGUAGAAUCCAAAGCUAGGACAUAACCACAGGUAUGUUAAAUGUCUCAGUAAAGGAAGUAUAGUAUAGUAUGGUCUAGUCUAUUGUAAGAGUAAAGGUUGUCUCGAGUUUGCCAGAAUUAAUAGAAAAGAACAGCGCGCCUUCUUUUCCAUUUUAGAACUUGAGACAGUUAAGUUUCUGCAACUCACGAUGACCUCAGCCACUUUGCAUCAGUAAUCACAACAAUUUGAUUCUAACCUGUCUAAGAUGGCUUCGUUCACUGAUAGGAAAACCCUGAUGCGUUGCCUCGAGUAGUUGUAGAAAAAGUUAUGGUCGAUCAGUACUACAUGUCAACUGAAAGAGGUAAGGCCGGCAUGUUUGGAUUGCAACAAGUUUUGUUAGAUUUUCAGCAUGACCUCAUGGCUCAGUUCGGAUCAUAGCAGGACUGGAGUGCUUCAUAAAAAGAGAGGCAUAACAACAAGCUGAGCUACAACAGCAAGAAGAAUCCAAAGCCAGGACAUAACCACAGGCACGUUUAAUUUUUAAGUAAUAAUUUAAAGGUUAGUCGAAGCGGAUUGUCUCCCUCUUACAAAAGUACUACAUAGUAUAGUAUAGUAAAGUAUUGAAUUUAAAGCUGGGAUGUCGAUAGAACAGGACUGGAGUGUUUCAUGAAAAGAUAGCCAUAACAACAAGCUGAGCUACAACAGAGAGGAGAAUCCAAAGCUAAGACAUAACCACAAGUAUGUGAAAUGUCUAGGUAGAGGAAUAUAGUCUAGUCUAGUCUACUCUCGUGUAAGAGUCAAGGUUGUCUCGAGCCGGCAUGUUUUGAUUGCAACAAGUUUUGUUAGAUUUUUUUUUCUUUUUUGAGCUCGACCUCGUGGCUCAGUUUGGAUUAGAGCAGGACUAGAGUGCGUCAUAAAAAGAGAGGCAUAACAACAAGCUGAGCUACAACAGCAAGGAGAAUCCAAAGCUAGGACAUGUUAAAUGUCCCAGUAAAGGAAGUAUAGUAUAGUCUAGUCUGGUAUAAGAAUUAAGGUUGCCUCAGGAUUGCCAGAAUAAAUAUAAAAGAAGAACGAGACUUUUUUUCCAUUUUAUAAGAUGGCAUGUUUUGAUUUGAAACAAGUUGUUAGAAGAUUUUAGAUAUAUGAAAAUUCACAUAUUUGCACUGCGGUGGAAAGAUGAAAUUAGGAGAUCCUCGCAGCUAAGAACACUACUGAAACGAGUAGUUGUAAAUAGGACCUGAAAAAAAUUUCAGGCCCGUACGGGAUUUGAACCCAUGACCUCUGCGAUACCGGUGCAGCGCUCUACCAAUUGAGCUAACAAGCCAACUGGGAGCUGGUCAAUGAAUUGGGUCCAAAUAAACAUCAAAGUGAAUGAAGAUUUUAGAUUUGUUAGAUUUUUUUUUUCCAGCCUGAUCUCGUGGCUCAGUUCGGAUCAGAGCAGGACUGGACUGUUUACAAAAAGAUGGCCACAACAACAAGCUGAGCCACAAAAGAGAGGAGAAUCCAAAGCUAGGACAUAACCACAGGUAUGUUAAAUGUCUCAGUAAAGGAAGUAUAGUAUAGUCUAGUCUAGUCAAGUGUAAGAGUUAAGGUUGUCUCGAGUUUGCCAGAAUUAAUAUGAAAGAAGAGCGCGCCUUUUUUUUCCAUUUUAGAGCUUGGGCCUUUUUAACCUCCUGCAAAUCACGAUAAGCUCUUUUCAGCGACUUUGCAUUACUGAGAAGGUAAGUAAAUAAUCAUAACAAUUUGAUACUAACUUGAGUAAGAUGGCUUCGUUCACUGAUAGGAAAACCCUGAUGCGUUGCCUAAAACAGUUGUAGGAAAAAGUUAUUGUCGUUCAGCUCUACAGGUCAUCUGAAAGAGGUAAGGCCGGCAUGUUUUGAUUGCGACAAGUUUUGUUAGAUUUUAUUUUUCUUUUUUUCAGCAUGACCUCGUGGCUCAGUUCGGAUCAGACCAGGACUGGAGUGCUUUAUAAAAAGAUAGCCAUAACAACAAGCUGACCUACAACAGAGAGGAGAAUACAAGGCUAGGACAUAACCACAGGUAUGUUAAGCCUCUCAGUAGAGGACGUCUAGUCUGGUCUAGUCUGGAAUAGGAAGUAAAGUUGUCUGGAGAUUGCCAGAAUUAAUAUAAAUAAAGAGCAGGCCCUUUUUUCGGUUUAAGAACUUAAGAUAUUUUAACUUUUUGCAGCUCAAGAUAAGCUCAUUUUCAGCGGCUUAGCAUCACUAAGAAGGUAAGUAAAGAAUUAAUGUGAUACUAACCCGUGUAAAAUGGGUUCGUUCACUGAUAGGAAAACCCUGAUGCGUUGCCUAAAGCAAUUGUAGGAAAACGUUAUGAUCGAUCAGCACUACAAGUCAUCUGAAAGAGGUAAGGCCGGCAUGCUUUGAUUGCAGCAAGUUUUGUUAGAUUUUUUUUUCUUUUUUCAGCAUGACCUCGUGGCUCAGUUCGGAUCAAAGCAGGACUGAAGUGCUUCAUAAAAACAUAGCCAAAACAACAAGCUGAGCUACAACAGAGAGGAGAAUCCAAAGCUAGAACAUAACCACAGGUAUGUUAAACGUCUCAGUAAAAGAAGUCUAGUCUAGUUUAGUCUAGUGUAGGAGUUAAGAUUGUCUCGAGAUUGCCAGAAUUAAUAUAAAAGAAGAACGGGUCCUUUUUUCGGUGUAAGAGCUCUAGACAUUUUAACUUUCUGCAGCUCAAGAAAAGCUAAUUUUCAGCGGCUUAGCAUCACUGAGAAGGUAAGUAAGAAUUGUAACAAUGUGAUACUAACCUGUGUAAGAUGGAUUCGUUGGCUAAUAGCAAAACCCUGAUGCGUUGCAUAAAGCAGUUUUGGGAGAAAGUUAUGGUCGUUCAACACUACAGGUCAUCUUAAAGAGGUAAGGCCGGCAUGUUUUGAUUGCAACAAGUUGUCAGAUUUUUUCUUUAAGCAUGACCUCGUGGCUCACUUCAAAUCACGUCAAAACCAAGUAGCACAUCGAGUGCUUCAUAGGUAAUAUGUAAUCAUUUGUAAGAAUUAUCGUUUCUUCUAGACUAUCUGAAAUCUUCUAUUUACACAGCCUUUUUGGUGCUUUCCUGAUUAACUGGUUUAAUGACAACGUUUCACAAUGUCAUGUGUUUUAUAUUUUAACAUCUUUUUUUCUCUUAACAGUUUUCCGUUUUCGGCGCAGAAAAACUAGUGUUUUCAAACAAAGUAUAAUCAGCAGCCCAUCAGAAAGGUAACAGAUGACAAUUAACUGUAAGUAUUCAAUUAUGGGACAAAUUAAGGACAACCGACACGAUACCCAUCGUUACAUAUUUCGUAUGCUCAAAACACGAAUUGUCUUAAGUAAUUGUAACUGAAACUAGCUUCAUAAUAUAAUUUUUAUUUCGUUGAUGUUUUCUCAAAACAUCAGUAUAUUAUCAGUCUUUAUACGCAGUCUUUUUGAAUGUAAGUCAAGUGUAGAUUAAUGUAUUGCCAUCUACUCCAUUGCAGUUUAGGUAAUCCAGAAGAAUCCUUGUAACUUACAUCCAGUGUUGUGCUAAGCUAUCCUGUGGGGUCUAGUCCAGUGGAGUAUAUUCAUGUACAGUGCAGUGGAAACGUGCAAUGCAGUUUGGUGCAGAUCAGUCUAGCGAGGUGCAGUGACUGUCCUGUAUGGUACUUUCCAGUUAAAUACAGGUUAGUGCAGUGUUGUGCAGUCUGGUGAAGUCAAGCUCAGACUAAGAAAGUCCAGUCCAGCGAAGUGCAGUGCCGUCCAGUUCAGUCUUCUGAACUGCUGUCCGGCUCAGUCCAGUCCAGUCCACUCCACUCCACUAACGUAUGGUCCAGUCCAUUUAGAGGAAUCUGUGCCCGUACAGUCCAGUCCCGUUCAGUCCAAUUCCAAUUCAUUCCCUUCCAGCAAAGUUAAUUUCAAUCCAGCAUAGCCCAGGUGCAUACAAGUCAACAGCAGUCGAGUCUUGUCCAGUCAAGUGCAGUGCAGAGCAGUGCAAUGCGUAACUGCUUAGCCCAGUCCCGUCCCGUUCCGUCAAGUCCAGAACAACUAACUGCCGUUGAGUCUAGCACAACGCAGUCCUGCUCAGUUAAG